AUGAACUUUAAGAUUAUUCCGACAACAAAUGUUGAUAAAACAUCGAUAGAAGAGAGUGCUGAGGCGGAGAAUAUUACAAAGAAUUUCUUUGAUAUUCAAUCCCAUAUCGACGCUUUUAAUGAUUUAAAAUCACAAACAAAUCGGAACGCACAUAAACAUUCUCUCAGACUCCCUUCGACUUCUCACAACAAUGAAUCAAAAUCAGAACGGGAAUCAAAAGCAAGAAGGCAUCAGAAGUGGCAACAUCUGCUCGGAGAAAGCGAAUGCAAUGAAGCAAAACAACACACAAAUGGAAUCAGGAAGGAACUAAUCCAACUUCUCAAACUUGAAAUGGAUUAUUUGAAAUCUGAAUUCCACUCUUCUUCUCUUCUUCAUCUUCAUUGCAAUGAAGCGAUCGAAUAUGCGGAAAAAUGUUCAACUGGCAACGAGAAACCAAAGCAAGUUCUACCGUCAAGCAACAAAAGAAAGAAGGAAGCAGACAAACUGCAAAGCUUCUCAAUAUCAAAGGGUUGCAUGGCCAUGCAUGGUAAGCGUUUGGAAAUUAUUCAUUGUCGUGGAACAUCAGCACAACCAACUCACCAAAUUCUAACGAAAGAACUUCACUCCAAAGUCGAUCUGAGAUCACACUCCAAAAAUAACUGA